CCUCUUUCUCUCAUCAAAAUCGCAUUCUAUUUCUCUCUCUAAUAAUCUCUCUCUCUCUCUAGAAAUUUUUCUCUCUCUACAACUUGUACCUAUAGAUAUAGAGCCAACCCUCUCUUCUAUUGUUCUCUUUUCUGUUAGAACUGAGAAGAGAUUCACCGUCUUUCUUCAUCGUGGGCAUGACAUGUACAUUGUUGCUUCAAAAAAAUACUAGCAACACAUCUGUUCAACGUUUUAUUCAGAAUUUAGUCUGCAUCCUUAUGCAUAUUAGAUGGGUUCCGGAGGAAGACCGUUAUUUGAUUUUGACCUCAACGAGCCACCUACAGAAGAUAAUGAUGAGAAGGAUAGUGUUUUCUGCUUCCAGCCCCAAAAGACCCAACCAUCAACAAAUUCCCAUUCUUCAGACUUACUUGUAGCUUCUACUGCUGCUCAAGGAAUAAUGAAUAAUCACGCAUUUUCUCAUGCCUCAACCGUCUCGGGAUUUCAACCUUUUAUUCGUUCUAAAUCUGCAAGUGUCCCUGGCGCGGAUUCUGAUCUUAAGAAUGCAGGAGAUUCGGGUGCAAAGUCCUCCUCUAAGUUCAUUAAAGACGAGGAUGUUAAAGUUAAGGAAUCACACAUAUCUGGCUUGACAAAAGCACAAUCUACAGAAAGGGAAGAGGGUGAGUGGUCUGACGAUGAGGGUUUUGCUGAUGCAAAUGGAGGUAAUAAUCCGCCGCAACAAAGUCAUGCUCCAGAAGAACAAACAACAUCUGUAGCAGUGAAUGGAAGUUCUGCAGUGGCUUCUGACAGUAAGUCUAGCAAUAUCAAGAGUUCUAAUUCUAAUAGUUUAAAUGAUGAAAAGAAUAGCCGUGCUUCUAUAGGUCUAGAAUCAGAUAGUAGUGAACAAAAAAACAAUGGUAUCCCAAAUUCAGAAAGCAAUGUAAAAAGUGAAGCUUCUAUUGAUGCACAGGAGGAACCUGGUUUAGUUCCCAAGCAAAAAGAGGUGAAGGGUAUUGAAGCAAGUCAUGCAAUUAGGGCUGCAAAUAUUCCUGGGAAGAGGAAGAUUGACCAACAGAAAGAGAAAAUGUUGGGAAAGAAACGUACUAGACAGACCAUGUUUCUUAACUUGGAAGAUGUCAAGCAAGCAGGUCCUAUUAAAACCUCAACCCCAAGAAGACAGGCUUUCACAUCGCCAGUUAUAAGUCGUACCGUGAAGGAAGUUCGUACUAUUCCUGCACAAGUUGAACGUGCUGGAAUAGCUAAGGAUCCGAAUCUUGUUGACUCUUCUUCUGGUGAAGGUGUAAGUCAAAUUGAAACACAUGAACCUAAAUCUGAUUGUAAUGGUGAUAAUUCUAUACAAUUUGGUAGGUCUAGGAGGAUAAACAGUGAGGCAGAACCUCCUAUAGAGGCCAAUUUACCACCCAUACCAAGGCAGGGGUCAUGGAAACAACAGACAGAUUUGAGGCAGCAGAAGAAUGCAUUUGUUUCUAAUAGGAAGUCGGGACAGAGUGGUCAAAGCUCUAAUGAUGUUAGACUGGGAAACAAGAAAUAUCCUUCUAUCAAGAAGCAAGCUCCUGUCAGUUUUCAGUCCCAGGACUCAUCGGUUGAACGCCUCAUACGGGAGGUAACCAGUGAAAAGUUUUGGCACCACCCAGGAGAGACCGAUUUAAAGUGUGUUCCUGGAAAGUUUGAAUCAGUGGAAGAGUAUGUUCGAGUAUUUGAGCCUUUGCUUUUUGAGGAAUGCCGUGCUCAACUUUACAGUACUUGGGAAGAAUCAACAGAAACAGUGUCAAGGGAUACUCAUAUUAUGGUGCGGGUGAAGGCAAAUGAGUCAAGAGAAAGAGGUUGGUAUGAUGUGAAAUUACUUCCAGCACAUGAGUUCAAAUGGUCAUUUAAGGAGGGCGAUGUUGCAAUUCUUUCAACCCCUAGGCCUGGAUCAGUCAGAUCCAAGCAGAACAAUUCAUCUUUAGGUCACGAUAGCGGGGAAUCAGAAAUCACUGGACGUGUGGUUGGUACAGUUAGGCGACACAUACCCAUUGAUACCCGCGAUCCUCCUGGUGCAAUACUCCAUUACUAUGUGGGGGAUUCUUAUGAUCCCAGCAGGGGUGACGAUGAUCAUAUCGUACGGAAACUUCAAACUGGAAGCAUCUGGUAUCUCACAGUCCUUGGUUCUCUUGCUACUACACAGAGAGAAUAUGUUGCUCUGCAUGCAUUUCGUCGCUUAAACAUGCAGAUGCAAAGUGCAAUUCUGCAGCCUAGUCCUGAACACUUCCCGAAAUAUGAGCAGCAGACCCCGGCAAUGCCUGAAUGCUUCACGCCAAACUUUACCGAGUAUCUGCGCAGGACCUUUAACGAACCCCAGUUGGCUGCAAUCCAAUGGGCAGCUAUGCAUACAGCUGCUGGUACAAGUAGUGUGGCAACAAAGAGGCAAGAACCUUGGCCUUUUACUCUUGUUCAAGGACCUCCAGGAACAGGAAAAACACAUACAGUAUGGGGAAUGUUGAAUGUCAUUCACCUUGUGCAGUAUCAACACUACUACACCUCUUUGCUUAAGCAUGUAGCUCCUGAAAGCUACAAGCAAGCUAAUGAGCUCAAUUCAGAUAAUGCCCCUACAGGGUCCAUCGAUGAAGUUCUUCAAAACAUGGACCAAAAUCUCUUACGAACUUUGCCUAAACUAGUCCCAAAGCCUAGAAUGUUGGUAUGUGCUCCUUCUAAUGCUGCCACUGAUGAGCUUCUUUCCCGUGUCCUUGAUCGUGGAUUUAUUGAUGGAGAGAUGAAAGUAUAUCGACCUGAUGUAGCACGGGUUGGGGUUGAUUCUCAGACACGUGCUGCCCAAGCAGUUUCUGUGGAGCGGAGAACUGAACAACUUUUAGUCAAGACUCGGGAGGAAGUUAUGGGAUGGAUGCAACAGUUGAGGAAUCGUGAAGCACAGUAUACUCAACAGUUGCACUGUCUUCAUAGAGAACUGAAUGCUACUGCUGCUGCUGUUCGUUCCCAAGGAUCUGUCGGCGUUGACCCCGACCUUCUCAUGGCCCGUGAUCAGAAUCGGGAUGUUUUGCUACAGAACCUUGCCUCUGUAGUCGAAGGCAGGGAUAAGGUUCUGGUCGAGAUGUCCCGCCUUGCUGUUUUGGAAGGUAGGUUUCGACCUGGCAGUGGUUUCAAUUUGGAAGAGGCCCGUGCUAGUCUGGAGGCCAGUUUUGCCAAUGAAGCUGAAAUAGUUUUCACUACUGUUUCUAGCAGUGGCCGCAAGUUGUUUUCUCGUCUUUCCCAUGGAUUUGAUAUGGUAGUAAUUGACGAGGCAGCCCAAGCCAGUGAGGUGGGAGUUCUUCCUCCCCUUUCUCUUGGGGCAGCACGAUGUGUUCUUGUUGGAGAUCCUCAACAGCUUCCUGCUACAGUUAUCAGCAAGGCUGCAGGAACCUUGAUGUACAGCAGGAGUCUUUUUGAAAGGUUCCAACAAGCAGGAUGCCCAACAAUGUUGUUGUCUGUUCAAUAUAGAAUGCAUCCCCAAAUUAGGGAUUUCCCUUCUAGGUACUUUUAUCAGGGGCGCCUUAGUGACAGUGAAAGUGUGAUUAAAUUGCCUGACGAAGCAUACUAUAAAGACCCUUUACUUAGACCUUAUAUAUUCUAUGACAUCAGACAUGGGCGGGAGUCUCACAGAGGUGGAUCAGUCUCCUACCAAAACAUACACGAAGCACAAUUUUGUCUCCGAUUGUAUGAGCAUAUUCAGAAAACAGUGAAAUCUUUGGGUCUGCCAAAGAUUUCUGUUGGCAUAAUUACUCCUUACAAGCUGCAGUUGAAAUGCCUCCAACGUGAGUUUGAGGAAGUCUUAAAUUCAGAAGAAGGGAAGGAUAUAUAUAUCAACACAGUAGAUGCUUUCCAAGGUCAAGAGCGUGAUGUGAUCAUAAUGUCUUGUGUGCGUGCAUCGACUCAUGGGGUUGGUUUCGUUGCUGAUAUACGUCGAAUGAAUGUUGCCCUUACACGUGCAAGAAGGGCCCUUUGGGUGAUGGGAAAUGCAAAUGCUCUGAUACAAUCCGAAGAUUGGGCUGCAUUGAUUGCAGAUGCAAGAUCCCGAAAUUGCUACAUGGACAUGGAUUCUAUUCCCAAGGACUUUCUGGUGACCAAGGGACCUGUUUACACACCAUUGCCCGGUAAACCACCCUCAAAUAUGAGGGGAAUAAGAUCAGGCGGGCCAAGAUAUAAUAGAUCAAUGGAGAUGCAUACGGAAUCCAGGGUGGGAGCACCAUCUGAAGAUGAUGAGAGGAUGAAUGGCGCUUCAGCAAGCUCCAGAAAUGGGAACCAUCGUCCAUCAAGGUAUUUAACCGAGAACUCCUUGGAUGAUUCCAGAGAUGCUUGGCAGCAUGGCAAUCAGAAGAGGCAAGGUUCAACUGGAACCAUGGCAAAGAGAGACGUAUAGCCAUUGCUUUAUCUGCAGAUUCUUCUUGUGCAUCGAGACCCUUGGGGUGGGGGAGUUCAUAUGAGCUAUCUGAUUUUGUCAUUUUGUGAUCUCAUCCCCCGGGGCCGCGCUGCUGAAAGCUCUUGGCCGGGGGGGCUUUCGGGGGAAGCUGCAUGAGCCACAAAUACACAAACAAGAUGAAGGAGAGCAUGUAACAUGGGUAAACCAACAUAUGCUUGUUUUGGUUCUAGCCAUUUUGUCGCCAUAGCUGCUGGGAUGUGUUGGGGGGGGGGAAAGACCGCAGACAUUUGAACGAAGAAGGCGGCGGGGGAGAGAAAAUACUCAAUUUUGUAUCAAAAUGAAAGGAAACGAGUGCAUAAUUUUAGGGAUCUAUGAUGGCAGUUUGCUGUCAACUGACUUUUGUACAUACGUGGGAUUCACAACAAUGCUGUAGCAAAUUGUUUCUUUCAUAAUUUUAUGACACAAUGGGAAAUGUUUCACUUCCAAAGGAGAAGAAAGGAAUUAGAUUACUUACAAUAAUCAGAAUGUGUUUGUAUGGAAAUUUUCAUUAUUUUAUUUCA